AUGCCUUCAAAAACAAAUGUUACCAAACAUAAGAGACCUACUUAUGAAGAAAUGAUUCGUGAAGCUAUUAUUGCUCUGAAAGAUCGUAAAGGAAGUAGUAGAGUUGCUAUAAAGAAAUAUAUUACGAACACGUACCAAUUUGAGAUUUCGCCCUCAACUUUUCGCAGCGCACUUAAACACGGUGUUGAAAAGAAGCGUUUUGAAUUUAAAAACGGUCCAGCGGGCACUAUCAAGCUCAACAAGGUCGAAGUCUCUGAUACUAAAACUGAUGGAGCAGCUAAAAAAACAAAGACCAAAGUUUCUAAACCAAAGAAGGUUUCUAAGCCUAAGACUGUGAAAAAGACCCCUACCGCGAAGAGUAUCAAGAAUACUACGAAGGGUACUAAGGAUACAAAGAAUACUGAAAAAGCAGCGAAGUCUUCAGCAUCUCAAAGGACUAGAUCCACUUCUCCAAAGACUAGAUCCACCAGGCUUACUGCAACAAAGAAGAAAGCUAUCAAAGGUUGA